GAUCAAAUACAUAUGCAUGAGUGUAAUCGGGUGGGUUCGGAUUGGAUAGUGAGAAAACCAUACCUGCCCAUUACCCGCAAUAUUCGGGUUCGGGUUUUACCUGUACCCACAAAAAAUUCUUCGAGUUUGGGUUUUACCCUAUCCAAUUAUGUCAGAUUCGGGCGGAUAUCCACGAUUGCAAAUAUUUUUGCCAUCCCUACUUGUUCUCGCCCACAUGCCACAUCUUAUGAACUCUUCUAUGGAUAAAGGCACAAGGGAAAUUCUUACCAAGAACACGAAAGGUAAUCGCCCUUUUCCAUCGAUUACGAAUUCUUGCGUUAGUACUCUUCUUCACUCUGAUUGUAGGGCAGAAGGGAUCAUCUUACCCUUCCUUUGUGUCUGACUCAUCGGACAUAAGGCCGUCGCCUUUCGGGAUCUCCUCCUCUGGUUCAUUCCCAAGAAAUGAGUCUUUGUACGAAACUUUGGGUCUUUGAUUAGCCUGCAUCUUCGGGUCACUCAGAUGUGUUUCCGUUGACCAGAACCCGCCAUCUUUUAUGCUCCGAUGCAGUCGUUCCCGGGGUCUUCAUAGCGGAGACUUCCUCUCUAGCUCUGGCUGUAACAAUCGCCACAUCCAUAUCGCCACUACCAGUGAAUCCGCCACUCGUUGUAGCUCGAUAUUUCUUGCUCGGCUACACUGGAGAAGACGCCAGCGACUUGUCUGGUGGCUUCAAACAAUGGUUUGCUGCCUCCUCUGACGGUUUCAUCCCAACGGUCAUACCACUCACGAGGAGGGAGGCAAGAGCAAUCCUCUCUCUACCUUUACCUUCUCUCUCCACUUCGUUUAUGAUUUCAUUUAUGAAAACAAAAUUUGUGAGAAGGUUGAUCUUACAAAAGCUUAUGGCCGCAUCGGUUGGGCCUAGCAGCCAGGCUCCUAAAUAUGUAUGAAGAAUAGGCCCAAUCAUUUUUCUUAUCCUGAGACUGUUACAGCGAAUCAUGCAAUCGGAUAAGAUAUCCACUCCGCGCCUUCUUCCACUCCUUUCAAAAACCAUAGACACCGACCACCAAAGCCGCCGGCCAGUCCUCCGAUCACAAUCUCAUUCCCCUACUUCGUAAAAUGUCAACUUACUCUAAGGCCCAUAUCUGCCAGUGCCUGACACGCCUGUCAACUGUUCGACGAAAUUCCCCAGUCACAAUCUCCGGAGCCCGGCGGAAGAACGGCCAGCAGUUCGUCCAAGGUGUCCUUGCCCUCGCCCAGGGACUUACCAAACUCGGCCUUCGCAGCGGCCACGUCGUCGCCAUAGCCGCCUUCAACAGUGAUGAGUAUCUGGAGUGGUUGCUGGCGGUUGCGUUUGUGGGAGGAAUAGUUGCUCCGUUGAAUUACCGAUGGAGCUUCCAAGAGAUCAAAUCGGCAAUUCUGGCCGUCAAGCCUGUGAUGUUGGUGAGCGACGAAAGCUGUAGCCGCUGGUACUCCGAUCUCGACUACGAUAGCGAGUUCCCUUUCCUGAGGUGGCGAGUUUUCAUCGGUUCCAAUUCCCUUGAUUCUAUGAAAUUGCCAAACAGUCUGGCCACUGAAACAAUUAGGAGCCAGACUAUGGGAGAUCUGGAUUUGAAUUUUACUUGGGCUCCUGAUGGUGCUGCUAUAGUGUGUUUCACUUCAGGCACCACGGGCAAGCCAAAGGGUGCUGUCAUUAGCCAUUCUGCAUUGAUUGUACAGUCAUUAGCUAAAGUAGCCAUCGUUGGUUACAGUGAGGAAGAUGUUUACUUGCAUCUUGCUCCACUUUGCCACAUUGGGGGCUUAUCGUCAGCCUUGACCAUGUUGAUGGUUGGAGCUUGUCAUGUCUUGAUACCCAAAUUCGAAGCUACAGCAGCUGUGGAUGCCAUUGAGAAACACUCGGUGACUUCUUUCAUCACUGUCCCCACGAUCAUGGUUGACUUGAUUUCCUCAAUCACAAUGAAGGAAAACUGGAGAGGCAAGCACUCCGUUAAGAAGAUCCUAAAUGGAGGCGGGAGUCUUCCACCUGAACUCAUAGGACUAGUUGCCAAUUUCUUCCCACAAGCAAGGCUUCUUUCAGCAUAUGGAAUGACAGAGACCUCUUCUUCAUUAACUUUCAUGGCUCUACACGAUCCAACAGUGGCCGAAAUCUCUCGCCAGUCUCAGGGACCAGAAGGUGUCUGUGUUGGCAUGCCAGCCCCACAUGUCGAAUUAAAAGUGAAUCGAGAUGGAAGAAUAUUAACCAGAGGCCCUCAUGUUAUGCUGGGAUACUGGGAUCAAUACACUGCUCCCCAGAGAUUGGAACCCACCGUUGCAAUUUGGCUCGACACUGGUGACGCUGGUUCUCUCGAUGACAGUGGUAAUCUCUGGCUCGUUGGGCGUAUCAAUGACCGAAUCAAGACAGGUGGUGAAAACGUUCACCCAGCAGAGAUAGAAGCAGUCCUGUUACAGCAUCCAGGAGUUAUUGGUGCUGUGGUCGUGGGGAUUCCAGACGCUCGUUUAGCCGAGCUGGUGGUUGGUUGCAUUCAAUUGAGAGAAAGCUGGGAAUGGUCGGAUAGUGGUUGUUGUGUUGCAGAGGAUGAGAGCAGGCAAGUGUUAUGCAGUGAGACUCUGACGAAGUAUUGCAGAGCAAAGAAUUUAACAGGGUUUAAAGCACCGAGAAUGUUCGUCCGGUGGAAGGAGGAAUUCCCACGUACGUCGACGGGGAAGAUAAGAAGAGAUCAAGUGAGAAGAGAAGUUAUGUCUCGGCGGUUGCUAUCCAUCUCCAGCAACCUUUGAGAUGAAAGAAUGAAUUGAGUUGCUUCAUGUCGCUGGUUUGCCCUGCUUGUUAACAAUGUAGGUUGAGAUUGAGCCCAUUAAUUUCUUUCAUUUAAAUUUUAAAACCAACCUUCUGCUCAGGUGGCUGUACUUGUUAGCAAUAGUGAGUUUACUUCCAGUUUCUGGAUUUGUCAAAUUGAGACCUGGUGCCCAAUUAUACAAAUUUUCAAUAACUUUGGGCUCAUUAACAAGUUAGUUAGGUCACCACUAAGCAUGGGACACGUGACCUCCUGGAUGUUGCAAAGUUGAUGAUGAAACGAUAACGUCUACAUAAUUGUCUUGUCACCAAGCAAAAAAAAAAAAAUUGUCUUGUCGACUACACACAACGUCGAAUGGUAUAUGAAAUAAAUAGCUUAGAAGCCUCGUCAAAGAUCUCUAAUCUUCUUAAAAUAAGGUGCUUAAGUUGAUUUACGGGGCUAAGAUCAAGUGACUAAGGGGAGGGUCCUUAGUCACAUGACUAAGUGAAUCUCAGCUCUUCCACCUCAUUAAAAUCUAAUGGGUCAGAUUAAUUCAAUUUAAUGAAGGGCAUUAUAGCAAUUGCAUGCUUUAUUAAUUUUCAAUUAUUAAUUAAAAAACCUAAAAUGCUCGCGUGUUUUUUCUGGCUGGGUUUCCGCGUGCGGGCAUCAUCGGCGGCCUGUGAUUUUCGUUCCUCCUAGGUUCCCGGCGUCCUAGUCAGCACCGACGGCCAGGGAUGGGGAUGCGCCGCCGACCAGGAAUUUUGUUCCUGCGGGAUAUGGGAUUUAUAUCUCCCCAUUUGUUUGUGGCUCCACACGGGGAGAGAGAGAUAUUUUCUGGUCGGAAAAUUUUUUCCCGACGACCAUCGUCGAUGGAGAAGAAUUUUCCGGCGACAGUGCUUUGUGAUGUUUGUUGACAUAUUUUGUAAUGUUUGUACGCUUUGUUAUUUUGUAAUGUUUGUAAACUUUGUUAUUUUUGUCAACCAUGUUUGUAAUAUUUUUUAUGUCUAAAAAACAACCUGGUUGACUUUUGGAUGAAACUUCUCUAUAUAGGGAUGAAGCCUCCAAAGUCGACCUGGGUGUUUUUUCAGUUUGUAUGAAUUGUCGGUCUAGUUUGUCAUUUUUGUCCACCGUGUUCGUACUGUUUUGUAUGUCUAAAAAACACCCGGGUUGACUUUGGGAAAGAGCCCCUCUAUAUAGGGAUGGAGCCUCCAAAGUCAACCCGGUUGUUUUUUCUUUUUGUAUGGUUUGUAUUGUUUGUCGGUCUAGUUUGUAUUGUUUGUACAGUUCAUACGUUUGUAAUGUUUGUGAAUCUGUUUGUAUGUUUUGUCGCUCUAGUUUGUACUGUUCGUAUGUUUGUAUGGUUUGUACUGAUUGUAAAUCCGGUUUGUAUACUUAAUAAUUUUCCAUAAUACCUCAACUACCCCCGUCAUGAAUUAAAUAACACUUCACACUUUUUAACCAUUGGAUUGAAGUGUCCAAAUCUAAUGGCUAGGAGAGGCUUAGUCAAGUGACUAAGGACCCUUUAGUCAUGGGAUCCGCUCUCCUGAUUUACGUCCCAAUCAUGACUCAUGAUAUUCCACAGGGAUGCAUCAAUUUUUGGUAUCAGCAAGUUGAUCACCGUAAUCAGCCUCGAGAAUUUUAUAUUUCAUAAAUCAUAACUCAUAAGAAAGAUUGCGAGUGCUU